ACGCGCCAUUCCAAGAAGCCAAGACCAGCAAGAGGAAACGAAGCCAAGCAAGGAGCAGCCGACGAGAGAAGAGAUGCCGACGCCGUACAGCGCGGCGCUGAAGCCCAGCGUGCAGCACCACCGUCUGGCGUCGUCAGCACACAGGUGCGGGGAGCACGACGCGGAGGUGGCGCGGCACCACGAGCACGCGGCGCCAGCGUUGGGCCGGUGCUGCUCGGCGGUGGUGCAGCACGUGUCAGCCCCCGCGGAGGCAGUGUGGUCGGUGGUGCGGCGGUUCGACCAGCCGCAGGCGUACAAGCGGUUCGUGCGCAGCUGCGCGCUGCUGGCCGGGGACGGCGGCGUGGGCACGCUCUGGGAGGUGCGCGUGGUGUCGGGCCUCCCCGCGGCGUCGAGCCGCGAGCGACUGGAGAUCCUGGACAACGAGCGGCAUGUGCUGAGCUUCCGGGUGCUGGGAGGGGAGCACCGGCUGCGGAACUACCGGUCGGUGACGACGGUGCACCCGUCCCACGGGGCGACGGUGGUGGUGGAGUCGUACGUGGUGGACGUGCCGGCCGGGAACACGCGCGUGUUCGUGGACACCAUCGUCAAGUGCAACCUGCAGUCGCUGGCGCGAACCGCCCAGAAGCGCGCCGGCGGGAGGGCCUAUCCGUUGACGGAUGAGCAUUUGGUUGGAGCUAGCAGUAUAAACUAUAAAGGUACUAGUUGAAUAGCUAGACUAAAUUCUCUCUUGGCUGCAGUUACUCGUUUAUGCAUGCAGAUUGUUUUUUCUUCUCUUGUUGUCGUCGGUCUCAACUCUCUCUCGGCUCGGAUACUUCAUACUUAGCGGUUCCGAACCAAGUGUACGGGGCGUUUCUGCAGCAGUGGCGGUUGCGGUGGCAGGAAGAA